AUGGUCAAUUCAUACGGCGAGUUUGCAGACUUUUGUAGAGAUUCGGGCAACCAAUGGAGCACUCUACCAGUUUGUUAUCUCUUCAACCCAGCAUCCACCAAAAACAACAACGGAUGGCAGGGCGGCUGCACUCUCAGAGGCUUUCCCGUCGGCGGCGGUCGCAAUUUGCAUAAUUUGGGGUCCAUAUUGCUAUGCGCCAUUGCUCUGCUCGUCUCUCUAUUCCUACUAUGGCGAUCGCAAAGGAAGAAGGCUGCCGUCGGCAGAAGAGAAAUGCAAGUUUUCCUUAUCGGCUACAUGAUCAUAUCUAUUUGCGAAAUAUUCACCAUUGGCGGCUUCCCUCUCGACGAUAAGGUCCGCAUCGUUUUUGUUGCCAUUCAUAUUGCUGCCAUCACCGCGACUUCUUGGAUACUCAUGCUCAACGGCGCUGUGGGCUAUCAGCUUCUUGAUGACGGUACAGCCGUAUCCAUUGGUCUCCUCUUGGGCUCGGCAAUCGUUAUUUUUAUCGGUACCGGUUACAUUGCUCUUGAUACUGGCCUCGGUUGGACCGGCUACUGGAACUCGACCCUUAACGCGCCAAACAAGGCAUAUGCUCUGUACACGCUCUACCAGCUUGUACCCUUGUUCUUCAUCGUCGUCUUCUUCCUUCUCGAGGCCUUUCUGGUCCUGCGCGUCCUUGGCGAGCGCAAACCCAUGCUAUAUCUUAUCGCGGCUGCCCUGUUGUUCGCCAUUGCGCAAAUUUUCCAAUACGUCAUCAGCGUCCACAUCUGCAACGGUUCCGACGGCAAGAUCAACGGAGGAUUGUUUGAAACGCUUUUCACGCUCCUGGCCGUUGUCAUGGUCUGGGUGUUUUGGUCCAGCAUUACCGAGGACGACUGGCCAAUGCCCACGGUGGCCGGAACAUAUACUUAG